AUGACUUGUCCGGCCAUGUUUCGAUCCCUGAGCGCCGCCGCCGCCACCGUUAUUUUGAAAAUGGGCAUUUGUGUGCCUUCUCACGCUAUAGAGAAACCGGUGGAUGAGCGGCCUUCGUCGUCGGUGAAGGUGGUGGACCUGGAGGGGAGGCUUGAGGAGUUCCGGCAGGCGGUGACGGCGGAGGAGGUGCUCUCCCGCCACCCGAACAGCUACCUGUGCAGCGCAGAUAACAUGGUGGUGAACUCCCACGCGCCGCAGCUGGCGAAAGACCACGCGCUGCAGCCAGGCCAAAUCUAUUUCCUAAUGCCACUCUCGAGAUCACUAACGCCACUCUCUCUUGAAGAUUUGUGCGACCUCGCCAUCAAAACUAGUAGAACUGUCGACAUCGGCGCUGAUCCGUUUCUCCAUGGAUGCAAAAGAUUGACGAUUUCUGAAGAUGGGAAUUGCAGGAAUUUUGUCUCUUCUUGA